UCAACCUUUAUUUUGAGAAUUCAGUAUGUAGACUGAAUGUAAUAGUGGUGAUAAGUUAAAACUACUUGUACUUAACUUUACUCAAUUGUCGAUGUAAACUGCUUUGGCACUUUUGUCUGGGUCCAUGUAUUACUUAUUAUCCUACGAUGCACACAAGAAAACCAAGCUUUUCGCCUUAGAUUCUUUAAAUAACAGGUCGUCCGAAAAAUUAGUGGCGAGACGGGCAAACGAAAGAAGAGAACAGUAUCGUCAAGUCAGAGCCCACGUCCGUAAAGAAGACGGUCGAAUGCAAGCCUACGGUUGGUCGUUACCCGGAAAACCUUCCGCCCCAUCGAAACAACCAGUCCCCGUUCCCGUCUAUUGCCGACCUCUGGAAGCCUCCCAAGCGGAGCCCGGAAUGAAGAUAUGGUGUGGGGCUGGAGUGAACUUGAGCGGUGGCAAGACUCGAGACGGAGGUUCGAUGAUCGGCGGAAGUGUCUUCUAUGCAGCAGAGGCACGGGAAACGGGGAGCGAUGGCAAGCCCGAAGACGCAAUCGAACACCUGGACAAAGAGUUGCAGGACAGCGAGCAGCGGAGACUCGAGGCCGAAAAAAUGGAACAGCAACUGAGCUCACUCGUGUGGAUAUGCACAUCGACGCCAAAGAUGUCAAAAGUAACUGUGAUAGACGCCAACAAUCCGGCCGACGUACUUGAAGUCUUCAACGUAUGUCAAAGUCAUUUGCUGUGCAUCGCUAGCGUACCUGGUGCUAAGGAAAGCGAUUACGUUCAGACUGUUCAAGACCUCAGGGAGGACGAGCAGAUCAACAGGGAGGCCAUUGAUACUCAGGCCGAGGUAGCUAUCUCGCACGAUGUCGAACCCGUGGACGCUGACGUGAAAAUCGCUAAGGAAAGCCAGUCAGGCGAUAACUCGCCGGGUGAUCAGCCUCGUGAAAUGGCUGCUGAUUCAAAUACCACUGCCGUAGCUGUCGAACCGCCGAGUAUAGACGUGGACACGGAGGCGAUUAAUUUGGGCAAAGUUCGAUUUGUUAAGAUUGCCCCGGAAUCCGAUUCUCCUCAAGUGAUAAGCACAAAAAAUAGUAACAAUGGCGAUGACGAUAACGACAAUGAUGAUGAUGAUGAUGAUGAUGAUGAUGAUAAUAAUAAUGAUGACGACAACGACGACGAGUCAAAUGAAAAAGAAAGUGAAACGCUCAUCGAAAAAAUGUCUUCUGUGCAACCGACCAUGUGGCUAGGAGCUCAAGACGGAUCCGUUUUUGUUCAUUCUGCCGUGGCCAAGUGGUCUGUGUGCUUGCACACUGUAAAACUGCAAGACGCUGCUCUAUCGGUCGUCCACAUACAAGGUCGUGUGCUGGUUGCCUUAGCUGACGGUACCGUGGCGAUUUUCAGAAGAGGAAUGGAUGGCGAGUGGGAUCUUUCUCAAUACCACAUAAUAACGCUGGGGAGCCCGCAACACUCGAUAAGGUGCAUGAGCGUUGUUUUGGGCAAAACCGUGUGGUGUGGAUACCGAAACAAGAUACACGUUAUCGACCCCAUUUCAAUGAAGCUCGAGUGCACCGUUGAUGCACAUCCACGCCGAGAAUCUCAAGUGAGACAACUAGCCUGGCUUGGCGAUGGUGUAUGGGUUAGCAUCAGAUUGGAUUCUACGCUAAGACUGUAUCAUGCCCACACGUUGCAGCAUUUGCAAGACGUCGACAUCGAGCCUUACGUUAGUAAAAUGCUGGGCACAGGAAAAUUGGGCUUCUCGUUCGUACGAAUUACAGCGCUGCUCAUUUCUUCAAAUCGGAUGUGGAUAGGCACUGGAAACGGCGUGAUUAUUUCUGUUCCUUUAUCCGAAAGUGCGGGUGGUUCGAUGGCUGUGUCGCGUAUCCAAACGGGUAGCGGAAAGGGCGACGCUCCCGGAUUAGGAGUCAGAGUUUAUGCUUCCGAACAAAAUGUGGUUCCACCAGGAAAUUACGUUCCAUAUUGCAGUAUGGCGCAUGCUCAACUCAGUUUUCAUGGCCACAGGGACGCUGUGAAAAUGUUUGUGGCUGUACCAGAUACUUUUGUAGGUCAUGGUGGCCAGAGCGCGGCUUCGGAUAAUACGCAACCGGCUAUGCUUGUAUUAUCUGGAGGUGAAGGUUACAUUGACUUUAGAGUUGGUGACGGUGAAGAGACGGAAGACGGAAUCGACCGUACAUCAGCGUCAGUGGCUUCCAAUUCAGAGGAACAAGGUGAACAGAGUCAUUUGAUAGUAUGGCAAGUGCAAUGCUCCAUACCAGCGGUAAAUGCCUAGUCUAGUUGGUGAACAGUGAAUUUUUAAGUGAGGUAUGCCUGGCCUAGCUUUGAAUAAGCAGCAAAAAUUUGUUUUGGCGUAUAAAGGUAUUCAAGCUCGAUUGGAAAUAAUUACGCCACCUUUAUUGUCUAACUCAAAUGCCAAAUUAAAGAAAAAAAGCUUGUGCUUUUGGAAGAUUUUUCAUACUAAUUAGGAUACUCGAAUCGAUAACCUAGUUGUUGUCAAUUUAAUAAUUAACUCGGAGAUUGUAGACAAUGUAUAAUUAACGUGCACAUUAAUACAUUUGUAAUUAUUGUUAUGAUUGACAGUUUUUUAUGCCUCUGUAACGAUUGAGUACAUUCAUACAUUAUCAAACGUUUUCACAUUCAUGCGCUAGACUAAUUUUGGAGGGAUGCAAAUUUUAGAAACGACGACUUUCAAGAGAUGUUAUAUUUAACAUUGAUUGACGUUUUGCACAUCUGACGUUCCACUUUGUAGCUGCGUAUUACGUUGCACGAAAGUCAUUGUGGUCGUUAAAUUUAAUAACGAAAAAAUCAUGCAAACGUUACCAAUUUUUUUGUAUUUAUUUAUUUAUCAAUGCAUAAAAAAAAUAAGUGUAUCGAAUCACUAUGUUUGUACUAGACUAGGCCAUGGUAAAUUGAACAAUUUUUUAAAAAUAUUUAUACAACAAACAUAGAUAUUUAUCCAUCUUUAUAAAUAUUUGGAAUCUAAAAAUGAAACCUUUGUAGAAUUAUUUCAUCUGAGUUUUGUAAAUAUGCAAUGUUGAGACUAGAAAAAGAUAUUUGUUACGUUAUGCGAUCUUUUUCAUAUAAAAUGAAUAAUAGCCAGAUGAUAUCCUGUUCUCCUCAGUAAGUAAUCUAUUCAAAAUAUUUUACCAAAGAUGCAGAUCAAACGUGAAAUAUUAAUGUAAAAAAAAAAAAAAAAAAAUUGAAAUAAUUAUAAUAAAUAAAUCGUUUGUACGACGAAUAUUAAAGUUUGGCUACUGCUACUAUUACUAAUAUUAGUACUAAAAAAUAAUGUAACAGAACGGACUUGAAUCAAAGUUUUUAUGACGACUUUUGUGUAUCCACAUCUGGUUUAAACGAAAAUUGAGCAUAAAAAUAAAAAAAAGUGUACUAAGUUA